GUGCUGUGCCGUGCGCUGCUGUGGUCCCUUCCGUUUCCUUUUUCUUCCUUCUCUCCAAGUCAUCCCUAGGCUGAGGAGAAAUCCCGCAUCCGCCAACCAUGGAGGACGACAUGUCGGGGCAUUAUCAGAUGCUGGAGGAGCUGGGAAGUGGGAGCUUCGGGACGGUGUACAAAGCGAUCGAAAAGGCGACGGGAGAAAUUGUGGCAGUUAAACAUAUCGAUCUCGAAUCCAGUGAGGACGAUAUCCAGGAAAUCCAACAGGAAAUCUCCGUCCUCGCCACAUGCGCUAGCCCGUUCGUGACGCAAUAUAAGGCCAGUUUUCUGAGAGGUCAUAAGUUGUGGAUUGUGAUGGAGUAUCUCGGUGGUGGAUCCUGUCUCGACCUGCUGAAACCCGGAGUUUUCAACGAAGCACACGUCGCCAUUAUUUGCCAACAGCUCCUGCUGGGUCUCGACUACUUGCACAGCGAAGGAAAGAUCCACCGCGACAUUAAAGCCGCCAAUGUGCUGCUCUCACACACCGGGAAGGUCAAGUUGGCGGAUUUCGGCGUUGCCGCACAACUCAUCAACAUCAAAUCCCAACGCAACACGUUUGUCGGAACGCCGUUCUGGAUGGCGCCAGAAGUGAUCCAGCAGUCUGGAUACGACUACAAAGCGGAUAUUUGGUCCCUGGGCAUUACGGCGAUCGAGAUGAUCAACGGCGAGCCCCCUCAUGCCAGCACUCACCCCAUGAAAGUCCUGUUCCUGAUUCCGAAGGAGCCCGCCCCGCAUUUGCAAGGCGACGAGUAUAGCAGCACCUUCAAGGACUUUAUUGCACAGUGUUUGACCAAGGACCCGGACCGAAGACCGAGCGCCAAGGACCUGCUGAGGCACAAGUUCAUCCGCAAUGCGGGUAAAACGGAGGCGUUGCAGGAACUGAUCCAUCGGAAGCAGGACUGGGAUGCCGGUCGGGGCGUGACACGCAAAGUAAAGUACUAUGCGGAGUCUCUGAAUACGAUCCGGAACUUGGACGACGAUGAUGGAUGGGUCUUCGAUACGGUCAAGGCCCCUACUAUGGCGAUCCGCGAAGAACACGACGACUUGGAGAAUGAGCCGGAGCCCGAGGACUGGGUGUGCGAUGAGACGGCCGAGAUGAUGGACGACCUACACGUUUCCAGCCCACCGAUGCCACCCAAGCAUGCCGUCAACACCGCCGUCAGACGCACGCCGGCCCCCGAGCACAGUCCGUCAUUGCGACGUGCCAAGCGGCGGUCCAGCGGCGUGAAGCAACCGCUUGGGGUGGACAUGAGCUUCGGCAACAGCCCGUCGACCGUCCGUCAGUUCCGUCGGGUGUCGGACAAGAUCCCCGCCGACGCGUCCUACCCGUCCCCAUACUCCUUUGGGAUGGACGAGAAUUCCAGUCCCAAGACCCUGUUCUCCGAGCCCAACAGCAAGGAAGCGCAGCUGGGCCGUCGCGCAUACAGCAAGGCGGUCGGGCUUGCCUGUCAGGAGGUGUUGGGCACGACGGGGGACGAUGAGAAGCGCGAGGCGAUUUCCCGGCUGGCGGAGGCGUGGAGCGAUCUGGAAAUGAUCGACCCGGAAGGCCUUUACCACAUCGUGAAGUCGAUGACGGAGCGGCUGCAAGGCGACCCCAAGCUGGCCGGCCUUGUCCCACCCGCUCCACCGGCCGACUCCCCACAGAGGCCGCGACUGGUUCUGGCGCAAAACAACCCACACCUGAAAAGCCACCGGCGCCGCCAGAGUGCGGCAGUGGCCGAGCCCAACCUGCAGCCGACGCAGUUGGCGAAUCUCCCGGGUCAGCAAGUGCCGGGCAUGGAGCACACCAAGCAACUGUCUGAUGUGCUCUACCAGCGAUGGUCCGAAGGCCUUCGCAACCGCUGGCCUGGCAUCUAAUGCGCCCU